AACAAAAUAUCAACAAUAUUUAGGAUAAUUUAAAUUGAAUUAUUGAAUAUUUUUGAACUAAAUUAAUAAUAUAAAGAUUGGCUAAUUCCAAAACAAAUUUUUGUAAGAUUCCUGUACCAAUAUUUGAUUUUAGUUUAUUUAUUUCUAAGUAUAAUUGUUGUAUAAUAAAAGAAAAAAAAAACUUGGAAUAUUUAUUCAUAAUUAUUUAAUAGAUUAUACACUAACUACUUUAUUUUGCAAUAUGCCGCGUAAUUGGAGAGGUCGAUAUAAGUAUAACUGGAACCGGUCUAAUAAUAAAUCAGAUAAUUCUGUUGAUAACCAAAGUAUAAAACAUUCGUCAAAUUCCACGCGAAUAAACAGCACUGCAGGUUCAUCAAGAGCACCAGCCAAUAAGUUACCUAUUAUUGUGACUCUUAAUGCAAGCGAAAACCCAUGGAAGUUGUAUUUUCCUUCUGAAGAAUAUCCACCUAAAAAUGAAACUUCUGAACAUAUCAAAAAUUUCAAAUCUUUUGUAGAGAAAUAUAGAAGUUUAUUUGAUCUAGAAAAGAUAGAUAAUACUCGAAGUGUUCCAUUAGAUUUGCAAACUUUACUGAAUGAUGAUCUUUUUCAUAAGGGUUGGUCUACAUUUGAAAUGGAUUUAUUUGAAAAACCUGAGUACACAUUGCGAGUAUUGGAGUAUUGUUUACAUGAAUGUUUAAAAUGUGAAGCACAAAUAAAAGUUCGAUUAUUGAAUCAUCAACCAGUGAUCCCACUAGCGAAUUUAAAAGUUAACUAUUUUGGUAAAUUAGUCACAAUAAAAGGUACUGUUAUAAGAGUAGGAAGUGUUGGCCUCAUCUGCACUUCCAUGGCCUUUGAAUGUUCAAGUUGCCACAGUGUUCAAGCUGUUAUACAACCUCAGGGAGUUUUUACAGCUCCAGUUUGCUGUCAAAGUUGCAAUAGAGGUUCAAAGUUUGAACCAUUACAAUCAUCACCAUUUACCAACACAACAGACUGGCAAAUAGCGAAAAUACAAGAAAUACAAUCUCAGAGUGCAUCUGGUACAAUACCAAGAAAUGUUGAAAUAGAACUCCAAGGUGACCUAGUUGGAACAGCAUGUCCUGGUGAUGUACUAUCUGUCACUGGAAUUGUACAGGUUCGUGGUGAAAGCAAAGGUGGAGAAGACGGCAAAAGAGCAGCCAGACUUUUACAACUUUAUAUAGAAGCUAUUUCAAUACACAGUCAGAGAAACCUAAGUAAUCCUACAUUGUCAUUUACACUUAAGGAUUAUUAUGCUAUUCAGGAAAUACAUGCGUCAGAAAACGUUUUUAAACUGUUAGUCCAUUCACUAUGCCCAACAAUAUUUGGUCAUGAAGCAGUUAAGGCGGGUCUUAUAUUAGGUUUAAUGGGAGGCACCGAACAAGAAAACGGGCCCAGAUCUAAUCCACAUGUGUUGAUAGUCGGGGAUCCUGGGUUAGGAAAAUCUCAGUUACUACAAGCUGCAGCUCAUGCCGCUCCAAGAGGUGUUUAUGUUUGUGGUGCUUCUGCAUCAGCUGGUGGGCUAACGGUGGCACUGGGCCGGGAGGCUGGCGGUGAUUUCGCACUCGAGGCAGGAGCCCUCGUACUAGCCGAUAGAGGCGUAUGUUGUGUUGAUGAAUUAGAUAAGAUGGCAGCCCACCACAGCAGCCUGUUAGAAGCGAUGGAGCAGCGCCGUGUGAGUAUAGCCAAGGGCGGAGUGGUAUGUAGUUUGGCGGCGCGAGCUACCGUGCUGGCGGCCGCUAAUCCUGCCGGUGGUAGUUACAACAGAGCCAAGACUGUAUCUGAAAAUUUAAAAAUGAAUUCGGCACUUUUAUCACGGUUUGAUUUAGUAUUUAUUUUAUUAGAUCAACCUGAUGAGAAAAUAGAUGCAAUGCUUUCCGCACAUGUCUUAGCUUUGCAUAGCGGUCAAAAAAAGACUACAACUAAAAAUGAUAUAAUCUCCACCUUUACUACAAGCCAAUGCGAUAACGAAGCAUCAUUGAGUAAAAAGUUAAGAUUAAAACUAGGAGAAAAUAUUGAUACACUACCCCUGGUACUGCUUCGGAAAUAUAUUGCCUACGCAAGAAGAUACGUACAUCCAAAACUUAGCGUCGAAGCAGCCAAUGUGUUACAAAACUUUUAUUUGGAAUUACGUCAUAAUCAAGAAAAUGGUUCAGAUGGUACACCUAUAACAACUCGUCAACUGGAAGCCUGCAUUCGACUAUCACAAGCUCGUGCAAGAGUAGAUUUACGAGAAGAAGUCACAGUACAAGAUGCUAAUGAUGUAAUUAGUUUAGUGAAACAUAGUUUAAUGGAUACAUUUAGUGAUGAAUUCGGUAACAUACAACUAUCUCGUUCAAUAAACGGGUCUGGAGUAAGUUCAAGAAAUAAAUUGAAAAGAUUCUUAGAAGUUCUAAGAAAACAAACAAGUCAAUUAGGUAAAGAUGUGUUCACCAGAAAAGAAUUGAUGCAAUUACAUAAAGCCGCCGGUAUAUCAGGCGACCCAAAUGAUCUGAUAGAAGCAAUGCAUAUACAUUCAUAUCUAUUACUGAAGGGCUCCAAUACAUACCAAUUUAUUGCUAUAUAAUAUGUAAAUAUU